CGCACCUUAACUGAAAAGUUCGGUUGUCUUAGCAACAGUAGCUCAGGGAAGCGGUCAGGAUAAUCCACUAUGCCAGGGAAGAUUUAACCAUGCUUGGCUACAUAUGGAAAAGUACAUGUCAUGGGUUACAACAGACAAAGACCCGGGACGAGCGCAGUGCAGGUUGUGUGGUGGCAAAACAUUCGACAUUUCCAACAUGGGAGAGGCGUCAUUAACGAGCCAUGCUAAAGGAAGCAGACAUCAGAGCCGCUGCUAGCGAAGCUAAAGCUACCCCCAUCACCGGUUAGCUCACCACAGCGAGGGCAACUGCUACGCCGAGCAGCACGUCUCUCUCUUCGGGAACAGUCAGUUUGAGCGACAGUGAACGUGAGUGUAGCAGUGUCCUGGACAUGAGGAGUGAACCAUACCAGCCUGAUCCGAAACUCAACAGAGUCCAGCAACUUCAGUACAAGAAGUUACGGUUUCAGGCAAAGUGGUAAACAGACAUAGCCGGGAGUAAUCAUGACUGUUAUUAAAUACACCGGUUCUUUUCCCACGUCACCUGUCAAAGUGCUCAUAUUGGAACCCUUCCUUGAACAGAGCAUUUCCUCCAUCAUGUGGUCGUGCAUUGCCCUUUCCCUGCUGUGCAUGGGGUUAGCAGGGUGUACAGAGAAGGCCGCCACGUCAGCCCUCCUGGAACACACGGCUGCUGACUUCAACGAGAAAUUACAUUCUGGAAAGACGAUGUUCAUCUAUUUCCAGCAGCAAGUCUCCUCAACCAUCUCUCUCUUCCUGGUGGAGCUGGAGCAGUCCGCUGACGCUCUGAAGUAUUAUGGAGUGCUGGUUGGCAAGGUCAACUGCAAUAAAGAGCCGGUUCUAGGGUACUGCACGGAAGAAAAGGCCCUGAACACAGCGUUUCUCUUCAGGGGUGGCAAGGAGUUCCUGGGUUUUAACUUGGACACCGUGUUCGACGUCAACUCCAUCGUCUCGGAGGUCUUAUUCUCCAUUCUGCGCGAAGAGAUCAAGUACGUUCACACAGAAAGUGACCUGCUUGCCAUGGAGAAGGCAGCCAGAGGGAAGAAGAACAUCGCGCUGGGCUACGUCAGCAAUCUGGGAACACCAGAGCACAGAUCGAUGAUGGAGACGGCGUAUGUGUACGGAUCCAAAUACCAGUUCAGCCUCAUAACUGGAGGCCCAGUUUUGAACCACUUGGGUCUCGAUGAGAAGUCUCGCUCGUCCCAAGUGUGGUUCCUCCACUGCGGAGCUCACAGCGGGUCCAAGACCUCCGAGCACUGUCCCUCGACCCGCAUGAGCAAACCGCUGUCCACACUCGGCAUCCACUCCUUCCUGCAGCUCAUGGAGGCUCCACUUGUGUAUGAAGUUUACGAUGACCCGUCCUCGGUCCAGUCCCCUCAGUUCCCCUACCAGGACACCCCCCAGGUCUUCCUGUUCUCUCGCCCCGCAACCAAGCAGGAGGACCUCGACACGGCCACCGCUCUGGCCUGGAGGCUUCGCGGCCUCGCCCUGCUGGUGCUCGUGCACAAGCAGAGUCCUGCAGUGAAAACCCCUGAUGAAUAUAAUGCUGCUUACAGGCUGCCUGAGAAAGGUUCAGAGGUGAAGUAUUUGACCUCAAACAGCCCCGAUGAGCUGUUGGCACUCUUUAAAAACCAAGAGGAAGAAGAGGAAGUUGAUGAUGACAAGCCGCCGAGAAUGAAUUCAGAAUUCCACAACCUGGACGAUGAAAUCGUGGUGUCCGCAUUCGAAAACCGCCUCAACUUGCCGGACUCGGACUCACUCACCCAACUGACAUCCGACAACUUCCACGCCACAGUGGCUCAAAGCAGCCUGACGGUGGCGCUCUUCCACCUCCCAUGGGAGGCUGUUUCAAAGACCUUUCUCAGCUCAUACAUUGACGUGGCCGAGAGACUUGAAGGUUCCGAGGUCCAGAUGACCGUGGUCAACUGUGCGGAGUGGACCGACCUCUGCGCCGCCGAGUCGGGCGCCUCCCCCCCGUUCCCGUUCCAGCCGGUCACGGUCUUCCCCGCCGUCUUGCUGCUCCGCCCCGAGGAGUCGGCCCAGCACUACGGAGGCAUGCUGGGUACCGAGGCGCUGCAUCGCUUCAUCGCGCUGAGCCAGCCGGCUUUUCCGGCGAUACUGUCCACCCAAGAGGAAGUAACAUCAUUCCUCCAGGAAGUGCCUCACCUCGGGCCAGCGGGCUACAAGCCCGAUCGUGCACUGGGGCUGUUUGAGACUCAAGCAGACGCAGGUGUACGGCCGUUCAUUGAAGCAGCAAAGUCAUUGAGAGGAGAAGUGCUGACCGGACUGCUGACAGAUGGGCUGGCAGAGAAGUGGGCGGCGCAGCACAACGUGGAUCUUCCUGCAGUGUUAGCGUUUCCGUCUUGGGACACGCACACCCGGCCCUCCGCGCUGCCCUCGUCCACCUCCGCCGAGGAGUUUCUCUCCCGCAUCAGCAACGCGCUGCUGCAUCCACUGCCGGAGCUGACGGUGGAAAACCUGCCGUCCUUCCUCUCCCAGGGCAAAGGCCUCCUCCUCCUCUUCGUGGGAGAGGAGGAGGACGAGAUCGGGCGGAGGCAGAACCAGGCGCUGCUGGAUGAGAUGAGAGGAUUGGUGGAGCUGGGGGGCCAGCGGAUGGAGCCAUACCUGGUCUGCUGGAUCCACCUCGGCCGCACUCCAGCUGGUAUGUCGGUCCUGGGGUCAUACCUGGGCUCCAUGCCCCCCCUCCCUGCCCUGGUCCUUGCCCAUUUGCCCACUGGAAGUGAGAUCUACCAGUACACCCCCAACACGCCCAUAGUUGCCUCCUCCGUCCUGCAGUGGGUGCAGAGGGUCGAGGACGGGACUGAUUCUGCAGCAGGCAUGUUGGGUGGAGACAGCUGGCCUCCCGCUUCCGAGUUGUUAGACUUCCUGAAAAUCAUGGACAUGCAGGUCCCCGAAUUCCGCCAGCAGCCGGCUCCCAAGGCGACGGUGGAGAAAGGUGCGGCGGUAGAAAAAGCAGGAGAUCCCUCGUCCAGCAAGUACACUCACACCGAACUGUAGGAGAACGAUUAAACAUUUUUACCCUCUUCA